AUGCAUCCAGAUCCCGGACGCUUACAAGCACUGCUUUUCAUCGCUGCCGCCGGUCUCCUCGCUGCCACGAGUUCAGAUUUAGUUCCCCGUUUUAUUUCUGAGCCCUCAUCCACUGUCCAGAAGUCUGGUGAACCCGUCCAACUCCGCUGCUCUGCCGAGCCCUCCACAGCUCGCCUUUCCUGGCUGUUUAAUGGGGAACCUCUGGACAGCAAGGCGGGAGAAGUGGAAAUCCACUCGGGAUCUUUGACAAUCGUCUCCCUCAGCCUGUCCACGUCCGGGCGCUAUCAGUGCGUCGCUAACAGCAGCGUGGGCGCUGUCGUGAGCAGGCCUGCCACGGUAUCGAUGGGCAGUCUGGCUGAUUUUGAUCCGUCGGUGAAACCCGCCAUUGUAGUGGAGGAAGGAGGGACGGCUUUCAUUGGGUGUGAGGUGCCAGAAAGUAACCCUAAAGCACAGGUUCGCUUCCAAGUGCGGGGAAAAUGGCUGGAACAAUCAACAGACAACUACCUAAUUCUUCCAUCUGGAAACCUGCAGAUUUUGAAUGUAUCUUUAGAAGACAAAGGCUCCUAUAAAUGUGCUGCGUACAACCCGGUCACUCACGAUCUCCGAACAGAACUCACGGGACGUAAGCUCGUAGUCACGCGCUCUUCCUCAGGUGGCUUCCACAUUCUUCACCCCCUGGUGCCCCAGAGCCUGGCGGUACCCCGGCACAGCUCCGUGACACUGGAAUGUGUCGUCAGCGGGUUGCCUCCAGCCUCCAUCCGCUGGGUUAAGGAUGGUGGGGACGUGCUGAGGAAAGGGAGGUGGAAACUGCUGCACUCACAUCUGGUGACGGACAGGCUGGAGGUGUCGGACUCUGGGAAUUACUCCUGCGUGGUGGGAAAUGAGCUGGGAGUCAUGAAAUUCGUUAACUAUUCCCUUACUGUACUUGAACCUGCCUCGAUCUCCAUGGGACUGCAGGACGAAACCGUGGCCGCCGGAGCGACGGCGCAUUUCUGGUGCGACGUCCGCGGAAGCCCUGCUCCCUCCCUCACCUGGCUCCACAACGCAGCUCCUCUCCGUCGCUCUCCGUGGCAUCUCCCGAUGGGAAACCAUCUGCGGAUCCACGGCAUCACCCAAGAGGACUCGGGCUUGUACCAGUGCGUCGCAAGCAACGGCCUCGGAUUUGUGCAAUCCACUGCGAGACUUCGUGUCCAGCCGGGCAAAGGCUCUAGGCCGGUUAUCAUCUCUCCGCCGGCAAGCGUCACCGUGACGGACGGAGGGGACGUGACACUGUCCUGCAAUGCCACCGGCCUCCCCGUUCCUGCCAUCCGUUGGUACGACAGCAGAGGACUUGUAACCACCCGCCCUUCCCCGCUGCUUCGCUCGCAACCGCAGAAACCUCCUCCAACAACGCAGGGCAGCACCGUCGUGGAGCCCAGCGCCUAUUUCUCCGUGUCCCGAGCGGGCUGGAGCUCCCUGCACAUCAGGAACGUGACUCCGGAGCGCGGUGGCGAGUACACGUGCGAAGCCACCAACCGGCACGGCUCCGCGGUGUCCAGAGCCUUCCUGACAGUCGUUCCUUUCCAACCUGGCACGAAAGCAGCAGAAAUGCCUCCCCUGGAGCUUGCCCAGAGCGAUGAAAGCCAUGGCGAUUUGGGGGCAGAAACGGCGUUUCCAAGCUCACCUCCCACAAAAUCACGGUUGACCGCGACAGAAAAAACCCCGAACGCAGCCGCUGCUCCGCCCGAAGCCCCCAUCAUCCUCAGCCCCCCGCAGACACCGAAGCCGGACGUGUACAACCUGGUGUGGCGGCCGGGGAGGGACGGCGGCUUGCCCAUCAACGCUUAUUUUGUCAAAUAUCGCAAGCUGGACGACGGCGUCAGCGCGACGGGGAGCUGGCACACGGUGCGCGUCCCCGGCAGCGAGAACGAGCUGCGGCUCACCGAGCUGGAGCCCUCCAGCCUCUAUGAAGUUUUAAUGGUGGCAAGAAACGCCGCCGGCGAGGGCCAGCCCGCCAUGCUGACGUUCCGCACCAGCAAAGAAAGAACAUCAUCCUCAAAAAACACCCAGGCUCCGUCUCCGCCCGUCGGCGCUCCCAAACAUCCUGUCGUUCACGAAGGGACAAAUAAUUUCGGUGUCAUCCUUCCGGACCUAUCUCGACACAGCGGAGUCCCAGAAGCUCCCGACCGACCCACAAUCUCCACGGCGUCGGAAUCCUCCGUCUACGUCACGUGGAUCCCGCGGGCAAACGGCGGCUCCCCCAUCACCGCCUUCAAAGUGGAGUACAAGCGCCUGGGGCGGAACAGCGACUGGCUCGUGGCAGCGGACAACAUUUCUCCUUCCAAACUCUCCGUGGAAGUUCGGAACUUGGAGCCAGGAGAAAUGUAUCGUUUCCGUGUGAUUGCCGUGAACACUUAUGGGGAGAGCCCGCGCAGCGCAGCGUCUCGCCCGUACCAAGUCGCCGGGUUCACCGGCCGCUUUUCCAACCGCCCCAUUGCGGGACCUCACAUCGCUUACACCGAAGCCGUCAGUGACACUCAGAUCAUGUUAAAAUGGACGUAUAUCACGUCGAGCAACAACAACACGCCCAUCCAAGGAUUUUAUAUCUAUUACCGGCCCACGGACAGCGACAACGACAGCGACUACAAGCGGGAUAUCGUGGAAGGUACGAAGCAGUGGCACUUGAUAAACCACCUGCAGCCCGAAACAUCCUACGACAUUAAAAUGCAGUGCUACAACGAAGGCGGUGAAAGCGAGUACAGCAACGUGAUGAUCUGCGAAACCAAAG